AUGCAAGAAAGUGAUUAUUCUUGGAGAGGACAUAUCGGUGGGAUAGAAGAACUGAGACAAAAUGGUUGGACCAUAUUUACUGUGACCAUACAUAAAUUGAUUGCUGAAGAGUUUGACAUAAACUGCCAAUUGAUGGGACAGGGUGAUAAUCAAGUGUUAAUUUGUAAGUAUCCUAAAAAUAGCUCACACACCAGACAAAUUCAUGAAGAAUUUAUAGAUAGUUUAGAGCUCAUACUUAAAAAAAUAGGGCCGCCUUUAAAGGCGCGUGAAACCUGGAUGUCAAGUGUCUUCUUCAUAUAUGGGAAAAAUCCGAUAUAUAAAGGAAAUCGACCCACCAAUGAACAAUUUCAGAAUUUGGAGUCAACACCAUCUUCUAUUGCGGCUAAUACCUCUUCAGCAUCCAUUAUGAAUUAA